AUGGCCGUGCUGAAAGUGAAAUUCACCAAGACCAACAGGGACAAGCUUGCCCAGGUGCUGUGGAUCCUCAACUGGGUUUCCGUGGUGACGGGGUUGAUUUUGUUUAGCCUGGGGCUCUUCCUAAAGGUGGAGAUCAACAAACGCUGGGAGCUUAUGGCAGAAAGGGACCUCCACUACGUCCCCAACAUGCUCAUUGCCACAGGCCUCAUCGCCUGUGGCAUCAAUUUCCUGGGCGGGAAGAUCUGCUACGACUGUGCGGACACCACUAAGUUCCUGCGCUGGAAGCUGCUGAUGCUGCCCUACGUCAUCUGCACCUUCUUCUUCACCUUCUGCAUCCUGGUGGGGGCUCUCAUGUGCUACGGCAUGCGCGGGGAGCUGGAGGAGGCUCUGGACCUGGGUCUGCGGGACGCCAUGCGCUAUUAUAAGGACACGGACACACCAGGCCGCUGCUUCCUGAAGCGCACUGUGGACCUGCUGCAGAUCCAGUUCCAGUGCUGCGGCAACUUCGGCUUCAGAGACUGGUUCCAGAUCCAGUGGAUCAGCAACCGCUACCUGGACAUGUCCUGCAGGGAGGUUGUGGCCCGGCUGAGGAGUAACGUGGAAGGGAAAUACCUGAUGGACGGGGUUCCCUUCAGCUGCUGUAACAUUAACUCACCACGGCCCUGCAUCCAGCACCAGAUCACCAACAGCUCAGCCCACUUCAACUAUGAAUACCAGACAGAGGAGCUCAACUUGUGGAAGAAGGGCUGCCGCCAGGCCCUGCUGGAGUACUACACCCACAUCAUGCAGUCCAUUGGCCUCACCGUCCUCAUCAUCUGGCUGUUUGAGCUGUCGGUGCUGACCGGGGUGCGCUACCUCCAGACAUCCCUGGAGAACGUGCUGAGACAGGGGGACCCAGACUCAGAGUCCGACGGCUGGCUCCUGGAGAACAGCUUUGUGGAGACAGCCAGAUCCAACUUCAAUAUCAUAAAGAGCUUGGGGAAGUGCAACCAGAUUGGCACAGCCAACAACGGCGACCCCAACAUCGACGUCCCCUCCACAGCCUACUAUGGACCAGACAACCUGCCCCCAAAACAGAUUCCUGUGGCCAGUUGA